AUGGAUGCACUUUAUCUGUACACCAUUCGACUCGCUGUCAAUCAUGCCAGUCAUCCGUCAGUAGCACAGCCAUCACCACCCUCCGUAAUUCCGAGUUCUGUAUUCGACAUCAGGACAUGGCCCCUUCAACCUGGUGACAAGGUGCCAAAGCUAGAGCGAGAUAAUCUGCUUUCCCUGCUCUAUCAUGCGGACGAACAAUGGCUUGACAGUCUACGUCAGAUUGAUGGGGUGAACGAACAAAGGAACGUCAUUGACACUGUGCAUCGACAACAAAUGAUCUACCUUGACACGUUGCUACUGUUACACAGAGCGAUCUGCUCAUGCACAAGCAACACAACCACAACCAACCGCCGAUCUCCCCCUUCUUACUCCCUCUCCCCCGUUCUUAUUACAUCACACCACAACCACCAGCAGAAACGGUUGCAAGAACCUGUCCUGUUUGCCGCCCAAGCACUUCACCACAACUACAAUGUGCGCCAUCUGGAGCUUUACACAGAGCAACUUAAACCCGACGCUGAUCGACUGUUGAUCUCCCUUGAACUACUGCGUAAAGUCGCUCGUGCCCAAGCACUUCAGCCGGCCCGUGCGUUCAUACUGGCCACGACCCACUUGUUGCAAACACGCCUAGAUGACUUCAUGCGCCAUUGGGACCGGUUUGAAUCCAAGCUCUACCAUUGUUAUGGUCAUGUUGUAUUUGGUAGUAGCAGUAGUCAUGAUGACCAGGACUCGCUCUUAUCACAAAAGAUUGCAUCCGCAGAAAUGCCUAUCAUGACGACGACGACUCCUACAAGAACGUAUCGACCUUUGCCUCAGGAGCUAUUCAGUGACUCGUUUACUCGACUUUUACCAACGACCUUACAUCGAGCCUUGUCACAAAACAUCAUUAGCCACUCAAUGAUUCAAGACUUGGACCCCAUUACAUUCAUUGCUGUCCCACGACUUGCUGUUCUCUCUGGCAUGGUGUAUCUCAACCAUGUGUCUGGGUGGAGCCAUAACGAUGACUGUUUCUCUGUAUGGUUCCAAUCACAAGCCGAAGCGAUGCGAAACUUGAAGCAGCAAGUGAAGGCAGUGGAAGAUAGGACGCGUCAGCAAAAUACCCAGGAUCAUUAUCGUGCAUUAGUACAAAACUGGUCUGCAUUGGAACAGGCUUUGGUGCGUGGAUGGCCCCGGCAACAACAGCAACAACAACAAGAUCCCGAGAACACCAAUGCUGCUGCCGCUGUACCGCAACAACACUAUCUUCAUCAGCUGCCAACUGCGUACCGACAAAUCUAUAUCAGCGUAUGCACAAUUGCCGAUGCACUGCUUGCCGAAGAAAAUGCUCGAUCGUUUACGGUUAUUCUGAAACACUUGUUUGCUCAUUUUGCAGAUACGUCGCUAGCAACUUCUACUACUACCUCUCCAACAUCAUCAUCGAUCACAACAGGAGAGAGUGUGGAUGAAGAAGAUAAACAGCUAUUGACGCAUCACGGUGUCAGUGAACGUACCAUAUUGGAUCUUGCGAUAUGA